GACGACGGCGACGACGACGACGGCGACGACGACGACGACGACGCCGACGGCGAAAGCAAAGACGAGGGCGAAGGCGGCUCCGGCUCCUAAUGGGGGUGUUCGCGUUGAUGGUCGCGCGUGUGCACGCGUGCCCGGACGUGGACCGCGGAUAUGCGGAUGCUGAAGGAUGGCGUGAGGAACAAUGGUAAGGUGACUUGGUCCUGGGCGCGGUGUACCCGGUGGGAAAGAGAGUUGCGAAAACGAGUUACGCAGGCGGGCGGAACAUACAGGAUCGGCCGGUAUGUGCACGCGAUCUCGUCGGAACGAGAGAGCGGUCAUCUUGACGAUCAUCCUUUUCUGGCAAAUCUACUACUGUCGAAGCGGUGCACUGGAUGUAACCUCAUGUAACUUCAUCGAUGGACGGGAGCUGCUAUGUCGCGGUGCCAAUUUACUCUCCGUCGAGCUGAUCUACAAUGUUGAUCUGUUAAAGACUAUCGUUCCUGUUAAUAUUACAAAGAUUGAUUUGACCAACAAUAAUAUAACAGACAUUCCAAUACAUGCUUUCCAUCGAUUUUCUAAUCUCGAAAUUUUAUUUUUUCGACGUAAUCGUUUACGUGCCAUUCAUGAUGACGCAUUUAUAAAUUUAGCGAAUCUUCGUAUAUUGGAACUCGAUGAAAAUUAUUUAACAAAGAUACCGGCUGCUCUUCUAAAUAUACCUAACCUUGAAGAAUUAUCUAUAUCGAAUAAUAAAAUAGAGCAACUCACGAGAGAUGCGUUAUGCCAUGUCAACAAUUUGAUAUCGCUUGAUUUACGCGGAAAUCCUAUCAAAGAGAUACAUGAUCAAACCUUCCAGAAUCUUGGUAAACUUCGUAAGUUGAUAUUGUCGAAUUUGAAGGAAUUGAAACUUUUUCCUGAUUUAAAUGGAGCAACGUCUUUGGAAGUAUUAAGAUUAGAUCGUUCUCAGUUGAAGGAGAUUCCUCCCAAUCUUUGUCAUCAAUGUCCGAAACUAAAAAGUUUCAAUGUGAAAUCCAAUUUUUUGACAGAAAUACCAAAUUUACGAAAUUGUAAUAAACUCCGUGUUUUAGAUUUAGCUAGUAAUAUGAUAUCCAUAUUACCCGAUGACGCUUUUAAAGGUUUAAAUAUGUUGCAUGAUCUCCUUUUAUCCAACAAUAAUUUGCGGAGCAUUUCCAGUGAUGUGUUUAUCGGAUUAUCUAGACUCCAAGUUCUAGAUUUGGAAAAUAAUUAUAUCGAAUACAUACAUCCUGACGCGUUUAGAGAAACAAAACGGUUGCAAGAUUUAAAUUUAGGAAAUAAUGUCUUCCCUACACUGCCAAUAAGAGGUCUCGCAGGAUUAUUACAUCUCAAGACAUUUAAUAAUCCCGCAUUGCGAGAAUUUCCACCUCCUGAAAGAUUUCCGCGAGUACAAACAAUGUUAUUGUCAUACGCUUAUCAUUGCUGCUUGUUUCUUCCGCUCGAAGGGGAAUCCGUCACAAAGACACCGGUCCAGGAGUCGAUUUUAUUUCCCACCGACGAUUUCGAUACUAGCUUGUGGAAUUCUACAUUCAGCGAUAUCUGGCCACAAUUAGAUAACUUGACUGACAAAUUUGGAUCGCAGAUAAAUGAACUUUGGGCCAACUUUGGUUCAGAUUUUACUUAUCCGGGAAAUCUGCCUUCCUACGUAGAGGAUUAUUUUGAGAAUCUAGACGAUCGAACGACGUCGGCAACUCGGACUUUCGUAUCCUCUCGCAUCCAGUGCUUGCCACAACCCGGUCCUUUCCUACCAUGCCAAGAUUUAUUCGAUUGGUGGACUUUACGUUGCGGUGUAUGGAUAGUCUUUCUUCUCGCCAUGCUUGGAAAUGGCAUUGUGGUAUUUGUUUUAAUAUUUUCAAGAAGUAAAAUGGAUGUGCCACGAUUUUUAGUCUGCAACUUGGCCGCUGCCGAUUUUUUUAUGGGUGUUUACCUAGGGUUAUUGGCCGUUGUUGACGCAUCGACAUUAGGAGAAUUUCGAAUGUAUGCGAUACCAUGGCAAAUGUCAGUCGGAUGUCAGCUGGCUGGCUUUUUGGGCGUUCUUAGUUCUGAAUUGAGCGUAUACACACUCGCUGUGAUUACUUUAGAGAGAAAUUAUGCGAUAACGCACGCGAUGCAUUUAAACAAACGGCUCUCAUUGAAACAUGCGGGCUAUGUCAUGAUGAUAGGCUGGUGUUUCGCUCUAAUUAUGGCAAGCUUACCAUUGUUGGGAGUUUCAGACUAUAGAAAAUUUGCUAUUUGUUUACCGUUCGAAACUAAUGGCAGUGCGGCACUCGCAUACGUGGUGUUCCUCAUGCUCAUUAAUGGAGUAGCUUUUCUGAUACUAAUGGGAUGCUACUUGAAGAUGUAUUGUGCGAUACGAGGCUCCCAAGCAUGGAAUUCAAAUGACUCUCGCAUAGCGAAGAGAAUGGCUCUGCUCGUUUUUACUGAUUUUCUCUGUUGGUCGCCGAUAGCCUUUUUCUCUCUCACAGCGACCUUUGGAUUGCAAUUGGUAUCUCUAGAGCAAGCUAAAAUUUUCGCGGUAUUCGUGCUACCACUUAACUCUUGUUGCAAUCCUUUUCUAUAUGCGAUCCUUACAAAACAAUUUAAGAAGGAUUGCGUAUUGAUAUGUAAAGCGAUCGAGGAGUCACGCGUAACUCGAGGUAUCGGUAGAUGUCGACAUAGUUCGAAUUUUAGUAAUCGGCAAACGCCCGCCAACACGAACAGCCUCAUGGAUCGGUCGUCGCGAGAGAAUCAAGGAUUUGAAACACCAUGUGCUUGUAAUUCAAAACUUUUGGAAACUGGAAGUCGUCGUUUAUUUUACCGUUGGUGGAGCAGUGGGAUAUUCUGGCCGUGUACACGCGACUCUCGACCACGGCAUGCGCGUAACGAUCAGUAUGCUUAUCAGAUCGCUCAGAUCCAGCAGAAACAGCAUAAACGGGCGUCCUCGGUAUCGUCUAGUGAAAACUUUUCCUCAUCUAGAUCGGAUUCUUGGCGGCAAACGCAUCAUUGUGGUAUUCCACUCAGACUACUAGAUUCGAAGCGGAAGACUUCCUCUUGGUUGAUUACUAGGAAACCCUCGCAGGAUUCGAAUUUAAGCUCCUCGCGUAACGAUUCUUCUGGUUCCGCGACUACUGCCAGCACCAGUACUUGGCGCAUCUCGAGAUCUAGUGCCUCUCUAGAAAUUAGUGCGCGUAAUACACCGAGACCAAUCAAACCGAAGCCGCGGUUAACUCGUCAACUCGCCAUUCAGGAACCGGAACCUCCAGGAUCCCCAGGAAGAUUGGCCGUUAGAUUACUCGCCACGAUACCUUCCGCGGCUGAAACUAGUGAUCAACAAGAUGACGAGAGCAUACUGGCAAAUUAAAUAUUUCUAUCUCUAAUUAUAUGCGUGCGUGCGUGCGUGCGUGCGUGCGUGCGUGCGUGCGUGCGUGUGGGCGCGCGCGCGUGCGCGUGCGUGUGUAUAUGCGCGUCUAUAUUUCCAAGUAUAGUCUUGUCGAAUUCUUCAAAGUCAGUAUUAACAAUCU